AUGGGAUUAGGAUACCAAACAUGCGCUAACUGGUACUUUUUAGACCAUGGUUGUCUGUUGGUUUCUUCACAUUCAUUUACAUUUGAUAGCCUGAGUGAAGAACCCGAUACUGAGGUUGGUUUGGAGAAGCCUUUGGAUUUUACAACUAGUUGGGAUCAUGGAUCUGGAGGUGCUCUUGGUGUUAAGGAGGUGCAGUGGAUAACUUUUGCUACUAAACUUGUUGAGAAUGAUGGUAAUUGGUUUGGGUCCUAUAACUAUUUUUGGUGUCAAGGAUUUGAAAACCACCGGCCGGAGACAUUGGAUAGCCGCAACUCCGUCGCACUCAACCCCAGAUAA